CAAACUUCUCGGUAGAUAUAUCAAUCAGUUACACUCGGAGCUAUGACCUCAGAAAUCAAAUAUAUCGAGCAAACCCACGAGUCGGUCUUCGAUAUCGCCAGCGAUGUCAUUCAAAUGCUCCUCCAGGCCGGCGAAACGGUCGGAGUCGCUGAAUCCUUGACUGCUGGCAGUGUAAUGGCAGCACUUACAUCUGUACCAGGAGCGAGCGCAGCCUUCCGUGGCGGAGUUGUCUCUUAUGCAACGCCUCUCAAGCAACUCCUAUUGAACGUGGAUGCAGGGCUGAUUGCGAAAGAGGGCGUGAUCCACGCGGACGUGGCAACACAGAUGGCUGAAGGAGCGCGCAAGAUCACGACUUUUGACGGUAGCUUGACGACUUGGGGUAUCGGUACGACGGGCGUCGCUGGACCGGCAACUCAAUAUGGGAAGCCUGUUGGAACGGUUUUCAUUGGUAUUGCUUCACCGAAGGGGAGUCAGGCUUGGGGGCCGUUUUUGUUCUCUGGGUCACGAGAACGGAUACGCGAAGCCACAGUUGUGGAAGCCCUGUCGCGUUUACGCAAAGCAUUAGCAGAUCGCCAGGUAGUGGAACAGUGAAGGCUGAGGCUGGGGUUAGCGCUGAAGAGUUUAGAGAUGGAGAGGCGGAGAUUUUGGAACCGGGAGAAAAUGUUCCUCGAUACAUAUUUGGUGUUUCUUUUGAAUGAGCCACCAUGAAUUGUUCCGUCCACCUUCUAUCAUUCUGAUACUUCGAUUAGCUGUUACCAGAAAGCUACAUGUGUCC